AAUUUUUGGAAGUUGGACUAAAAAGUUCAACUUCCGAACAAAUUAUGUUAUAGGAUAGCACGCUUUUCUCUAGCUAGCUGACAUCACAUUCAUUCUCUGCUCUUUCCUAAUUUCACUCUCCCGCGAGUUUCGAUCAAACCCUAAAUUCUUAAAUCUCAUUUGCUUGAAGCGGACGACCAAUCACUUGGAGAGUACAGUUCUAUUGAUUAUGACGGAAACAUUCACCGGCUUUUUGUGACUAUGGUGGAUUGAAACUGAUCACAAUUGCUAAGAAGAUGGAAAUUUUAUAGUGAAUUUGGCUGGAGAAUUUUUGGAAGUUAUUGAGACAAUGGAGAAUAUGGAAACUAGGGUUGGCCCAAAGGGCCUGAUUAAGAAGCACGAGUUGGUACGAAUCAUCAUUCAAUGUUUAUAUUCACUAGGCUACAGUAAGUCUGCCGCCUGUUUGGAAUCAGAGUCUUGCAUUACAUGUAAAUCCCCAGAACUUGAAUCACUUGAAUCGCAAAUUCUAAAAGCAAAUUGGGAUGAUUGUAUCAAGAGUCUUGAUAAGAUUAACUGCUUGACUAAUGAGACAAGAGCUUCAGCAUUAUUCCUUGUUCUCAAGCAGUGCUUGUUGGAAUGUUUGGAUUCUGGCGACAUCUCUCUGGCAUUGGACAUACUACAAAAGCAGCUUUCAGCUUUGAAGAUUGGCAAAGAAAAGGUUCACAAGCUUUCCUAUGAAUUGCUUUCAUUGAAGGGUCUGGGCUUGGGUUUUAUUGAUUAUGAUGCAGUUCACGAGUUGCGGAAAAGAUUGCUUUCGGACUUGGAAAAAGUUUUACCACCACCAAUUACAUUGCCCGAGGGAAGGCUGGAACAUUUGGUUGAAAUGGCUGUAUGCGCGCAGGUUGAUAGCUGUAUAUACCACAGUUCGUCUGAUAUGAUAUCGCUGUAUAGGGACCACCACUGUGAUCGAGAUCACUUUCCAACAGAGACCAUUCAGAUAUUGACUAAUCAUCAGAAUGAAGUAUGGUUUGUUCAGUUCUCCAACAAUGGGGAAUAUUUGGCUUCGUCAUCAAGUGAUUGCACAGCUAUUAUAUGGAAGGUGCAGGAUGAUAAUAAAGUAACCAUACAAAAUGUGUUACUUAGCCACAAAAAUCCUGUCUCUUUUGUGGCAUGGAGUCCAGACGACACUAUGCUACUCACUUGUGGAAAUAUGGAAGUUCUUAAACUGUGGGAUGUUGAGACAGGCACAUGCAAGCACACAUUCAACAAUGAUGGUUUCAUUGUUAGUUCUUGUGCUUGGUUUCCUGAUUCUAAGCGUCUCGUCUGUGGCAGCUCCGAUCCUAAGAAGGGCAUUUAUAUGUGGGACUGUGAAGGUAAUGAGAUUAAGGCAUGGAAAGGGAUGCGCAUGCCUAAGGUUCUGGAUCUUGCUGUGACACCAGAUGGAGAAAAUCUCAUCAGUAUAUUUUCCGACAAAGAGAUAAGGAUACUGAACGUGACAACCAGCGCUGAGCGUGUCAUUUCUGAGGAGCAUUCUAUUACCUCUCUUUCAGUAUCAGGAGACAGUAAUUUCCUAAUUGUCAACCUCAACAGCCAAGAAAUUCACAUGUGGGACAUUGCCGGAAAAUGGUUGAAACCACUUAAAUACAAUGGCCACAGGCAACAGAAAUAUGUCAUACGAUCCUGCUUUGGCGGUUUGAACAGCAUGUUCAUUGCCAGUGGCAGUGAAGAUUCCAAGGUGUACAUAUGGAACCGUCGAAGUUCUAAUCCAAUUGAGAUCUUGUCUGGUCACUUGAUGACUGUAAAUUGUGUUAGCUGGAACCCGAGACGGCCCGAGAUGUUAGCUUCAGCAAGUGACGACAACACUAUACGUAUAUGGGGACCAAGUCAUUCUAAGUAGAUAAAAAUGGAGUAAAGCAUGUUUGAGGAGGAAACUUAUGUGCAUAUAUAUGCAGCUUUUCUUUUCUACUACAUUUUUCAUCUGUGAUUCCCUUGUACAUAUCAGGUUUACUUGUUUUGGCAUGUAUAUCCCAGUCAAAUUGUAGUUCGAUCCACGCCUUUUUUUCCUUGUUUCCUCUUUGUCCCACAAUCUUUUUGUUCGGUUUGUUCUCCAAAUUAGUUCUUCAAAUGAUUUUUUUUUUCUUUCUUGUUUUGCUACAGCUAUUUAAAUGAUUGCUAGAAAGGAAGGAUGAUGGUUAAUUUA